AUGGUUUCUUAUAGUGGCCAUAUGAAGAACUGGAAAGAAAAUAUACCAUAUGGCCAAUUUAGAAGACUUUGGAUAAAUUGUACCUAUGUGGAAGAUUAUAAUAUAGAGGCCAAUAUAUUAAGGAAUAAACUCAUACAGAAAGGAUAUGAUGUCAGUCUAAUAGAUGAAGCAAAAAACAAAUGUCUUGACAUCCCAAGAACAGAAAUCAUACACUCUAAAAAAGUAAAAACUAAGAAUAAUGACUACAAUAGCCAAGCCAAGUUCAUAACCACAUACAGCGAAGUCGUUCAGUUUGGCUCAGUGCACCUUUGGAGUCAAGCAGAGCCAGUGUAUGACACAAAAUUCAUUAUGCUAGUAAUGACCACAUUUUAUUUCACUUCACAGUCUCCCAUGAGGAAUUCAGAAGUUUGCCAAAUUUUGUCACUGGUUAUUGCUGCACAGUUUCGCAAAUCAAACAGAAGAAUGACUGCUCUGUUAUAUUUCUCCAUCUUAAGUUAUGGUUUUUCAAUGUUUUCUGGAGUACACGGCUGGUCUUAUUUCUACUCUUCAGUCAACAUGACUUAUCAAGAGGCAAGAAAUUAUUGUAAAACUCAUUAUACAGAUUUGGUGGCAAUUCAAAACCAAGAGGAAAUUAAGUAUCUGAAUGAGAUUCUUCCUUUCAACCGUGCAUACUACUGGAUCGGCAUCCGUAAGAUCAACAACCAGUGGACUUGGGUGGGAACCAACAAAAUGCUUACCAAAGAAGCAAAAAACUGGGCCACUGGCGAACCCAACAACAAGAGGAAGGAUGAGGACUGUGUUGAGAUGUAUGUUGGAAGAAAAGCAGAUGCUGGAAAAUGGAAUGAUGAAUCCUGUAAUAACCGAAAAGUUGCUUUGUGUUACACAGCUGCGUGCAAUGCUACCUCUUGCAGUGGUCAUGGAGAAUGUAUUGAAACAAUAAAUAAUUAUACAUGCAAGUGUAAUGAAGGUUUUUAUGGAGAGAAGUGUGACAAAGUGAUAAAUUGUUAUAAUUUGAAAACUCCAGAUCAUGGAUCCAUGAGAUGCAGUGGCCCCUUUGGUGAAUCUUUGUAUAACUCCAGUUGUGAGUUUUCCUGUGAUGAAGGAUUUGAGCUUGUUGGGAAUAAUAAACUCCAGUGUAUGGGAAACUCUGAAUGGAAUGGUGUGGUACCACAGUGUACAGCUGUCAAGUGCCAAGCAAUAAAUAACAUUGACCAAGGAACAGUUACCUGCAGCCUUACUAAUGGGGACUUCACAUAUAAAUCAAGUUGUCAUUUCAAUUGUCCCGAAGGAUUUGCUUUGAUUGGAUCAGAAAGCGUCCAAUGCACAGCACAAGGAGAGUGGACAAAUGAAAUUCCUCACUGUGAAGUUAUUCAAUGUGAGCGUCCAGUUGAACCACAAUAUGGAUUAAUCAGCUGUUCUAAUGCAGAAGACAAUCUACCAGAAAACGCUACCUGCAAUUUUAGUUGUGUUAAAGGCUUUGCAUUGGUUGGGUCGCCCUCUCUACAUUGUAUUGCUCCUGGACAGUGGACAGAAGAAGCACCAAUAUGUAAAGCUGUGUCAUGCCCAGAUCUUACAAACCCUGAACAAGCUACGAUGGACUGCGAAGAUGAUUUUGGAAGAUUUAAAUAUAACUCAAAUUGCUCUUUCCAGUGCAAUGAAGGUUUUGUCUUAAUUGGAACUGAGUCACUGCAGUGUUCCUCAUCUGGGUCUUGGAGCGCCAUAGUACCUGAGUGUCAAGCUGUACAAUGUCCAUCUUUGAAAGCCCCAGAAAAUGGAUAUAUCGAUUGCCAAGGAAAAUCGUUUUACAACUCCAAAUGUUCCUUUACUUGUGCAGAAGGGUUCAAGUUAAUCGGAAGAUCAGAGCUCAACUGUGAAGCCUCUGGAGAGUGGACCUCUUCUGGGCCAACAUGUGAAGCUGUUCAGUGUCCAUCUUUAAAUGCCCCAGAAAAUGGACAUAUUGAGUGCCAGGGAAAAUCAUCUUACAACUCCAGGUGUUCUUUUACUUGUGCAGAAGGGUUCAAGUUAAUGGGUGCAUCAGAGCUCACUUGUGCGUCUUCUGGAGAGUGGACCUCUUCUACACCAACAUGUAAAGCUGUGCAAUGUGGAACUCUUCCUAUUCCAGACAUGGGCAUCAUGAAUUGUACUAAUGUUCUUGGAGACUUCAAAUUUGGCACUGUGUGUAAAUUUGAUUGCAAAAGUGAAUGGCUUCUAAAUGGAUCAAAUACUUUAGAGUGCAGCAGUGAUGGCAAAUGGAGCGCUACUAUUCCCACUUGCGAAGGUCCCCAAGUUCCUGAUGAUCCCACUUUGAAGAUUACUGUAGGAGCUGUAGCCACUGGUGCAUCUGUCUUGUCUACUGCUUCCUUACUAGCCUGGCUUGUUAAACGUCUUCGGAAAUCAGCAAAGAAAUUUACUCCUUCCAGUAGCUGCCAAUCCCUUGAAGAUGCUGGCAUUUACCAGAAUGCUGAAGACGUGUGAUUUUCCAUAUUAAGGGGAAAGAAGAAACGGAAUGUACGUGGUACUAACCAAUGUUAUAGCUCAUUGAUUGGUCUAUGACAUCAUCAAUACCAAACACUAUAGAACCCACAUCAAAAGAACAUUUUUUCGAGAUGUUGAAUAAAAUGACUUGGUUUGUUCUAUGAACUUCCACCAACAGAACUCCCGGGCACUAAAAGGGAUUUAGGAGAAAAGAAUAUAUGGAGAUACAGGGUGUACAAAUUACAUUUUUUUUAGAACAGUUUUCAGAAAGAAAUGUCAAAAUAAAUAAAUUAUUAUACUAACUCGGCUAAACUCCAUCUUAACUAUUGGAGAUACUGGAUGGACCUUUUAGUGAAUUUUGCCUAUCAAUGCAAUGGAUUUGUAGAAUACCAUUAGCCAAUUAGCUAAUGUGUUUUUUUUUUCAAUUCUUGUUUAACUUAUUAGUUUUAUAAACUAAUACAAAGUCAAACGACAACUGUGGUACCUGUUUAAAACAGACUGUAAAAUAGGUUUAUCCCAAUGGGAUUAAAUAUACAAAAGUAUUUAUCUUUGUUUUUACCAUCUAUUGUUCUGUGCAUAAUAAGUAUUAUGCUAUUUUUUGUGUCAAUAGUAUGUAUUUAUUUGUCAUUUUAUUUAUUUUUUGUUGCUGUCAUGUAUUGAUAGUGUUAGCGUUUGUCUAUCAUGGUGUAUGUUUAGAUAGCUUCAUUAAAUGCAUUUUUUAUUGCAGUUGUAUUUUAAAAAUAUGUAUUUAUUGCACUGUGUGUUAUUAUUGAGAUUUAAUUUAUUUAUGCUUAGCAAAAUGAGUUCAUGAAAUGCACAGCCUACAUAACACUUCAAAUAGUCAAAAUUAAACGUGUGUACAUGGCGUAAAGUAAUGGCACUUUAGUGAACCAAUACUAGAUGUGAAUUGUAGCUGUGCAAGUAAUGAUAAAAAAUAAAAAAAACAUUAGAAUAUCAUAAAUGUAAAUAUAUUUCUUGUUAUUUUUAUUUUGUAAUUAUUAUUGUAUUAUUUAUUUGAUAAUUAUUUGUUUUUUAUUUAUAUUGUACACUUGUGAAAAUAUUGUAUUUAAUAAAUUGUUGUUUAUGGAUA